AAGGAAAAAAGAUGCGGAAGUGGGGAAUCCCGUCAACCACAUUUUCUGGAGAAAUUGUGCAGCAGGCUGCUAUGCACGUUUACUCAUAAGCAACUUCCUUGGAGUUCAAUAGGGUUUAUUCUAGAGUAAGCCUGCAUGAGAGUACAGCCUACCAAAUGGAAUCCCUUUGAAAUCAAUGCAGGCGCGAGAAAAAUGUGAGGGGGAGCCUAUGAGGCGCAGAGUGGGCACUUUUCGCUUUUGGGAAAACUCUUCGGGUCUUUCCUUCCCUGGAUAAAGGCGCCGGACUCUUGCGCGGAACACAAGGCACUGGCGCCUUGUUCUAGGGAGGAAGACCAUUAGCAACCCUCCUGGCGCGGCAGACACCAACGAGAAACCCUGGGGGUGGGUAGUCGUCUCACGAAACUCUGAGUACCGCCUCAAAGUUGGCUUCUCUACAACAUGCAUCGACUUCCGUGCUUAAGCAAACUGUGCAAUAGGUUUCUUUGUUGUCGCUUAAUUACAUCUAGUCCAAAUUACUUUAAAAUGUUGGUCAGAAAUAUAUCAUCUUCAUUAGGAAAUGAAUAUGGAACUGAAGAAAAAUCAGUGCAUUUUUAUGGUGAUGAAAAGCUACAGUACAGUGUAGAUAAUGAAGACUGUCGUCAACUUCAUAUUCCUGUUAUGGUCAAAGAAGUCGUUAACUUUUUAGAACCGCAGAAAGGACAGUGUUUUCUUGAUAUGACAUUUGGAGCAGGAGGCCAUACCAAGGCUCUUUUGCAAAAAGCAAGGAAUAUUAAAAUAUAUGCACUUGACAGAGACCCCACAGCAUUUGAACUAUCUCAACAGCUUUCUGAAUAUCACCCGCAACAAAUCCAGGCUCUUCUAGGACAAUUUAGUCAAUCAGAAGCCUUGUUAACAUCUGCAGGAGUGCAUCCAGGGGGUCUGGAUGGAAUUGUUUUGGAUGCCGGUUGCUCUUCUAUGCAACUGGAUACUCCAGAAAGAGGUUUUUCCUUUCGAAAAGAUGGCCCUUUGGACAUGAGGAUGGAUGGUGGCAGGUAUCCUGACAUGCCCACCGCUGCUGAUGUUGUGAAUGCUUUAGAUCAACAGGCACUUGCGUCCAUCCUGAGAACAUAUGGGGAGGAGAGGCAUGCCAAGAAAAUAGCUUCAGCGAUUGUUCAGGCACGCAGCAUAUACCCCAUCACCAGAACUCAGCAGCUUGCCAGCAUUGUUGCAGGUGCUUUCCCUGAAGCAGCUUUAUAUGCUCGAAAAGACUUACUUCAAAGACCAACACAUGUUGCCACCAAAACUUUCCAAGCAUUGCGUAUAUUUGUGAACAAUGAACUGCAUGAACUCCUUGCAGGAUUAAAGGUAGCUGAGAAGUUUCUUAAACCUGGAGGUCGACUUGUAGCACUUUCUUUCCAUUCAUUAGAGGAUCGUAUCAUCAAGCGAUUUCUUUAUGGAAUAGAUAAUUCAGAAAAAUGUAACCUCAAUGUACGGCAGAAGAUAAGGCAAAUGGGAAAGAAUUCUUCAGAAAAAGAGGUGAAUAAUGACUUGCCCACAGUCAAUGUUAACUCAAGAUGGACUGCUAUACAAAAGAAAGUCCUUACUCCCCAGGCUAAGGAUAAUGAUGAAAAUCCAAGAGGGCGCUCAGCAAAGCUAAGAGGAGCUCUCAAAUUGUAAAUUGUUAUUUUUCCUAUUUUGCAAUUCAUUUGUAAUAUUUAUCAUUCAUAAUUGCUAAAUUAAACAGUAAAAAAACUAAGCUA